CGCUAGCGGAGUAUGACCCGGAAGUAGUUUGUGAAAUACUGAAAGCUAGGGCAAGAUGGCGCAGCACACUGAGACAUCACUGGGUGACUGUGAUGAUAUGCCAGAGUUGUCAGACAGCGAUGACGCACCUUGGGAGGAUGAAGAUGAACUUGAAGUUAAAGCUGAAGUCCGCUGUUUAUUUUGUGAAAGGUUAUUCCUCUCUGCCGAAGUGACAUUUUCUCAUUGUGAAUCCCAGCAUCAAUUUAAUAUACGCAUGGUAGUUAAUAAAUUUGGACUUGACUUCUAUGGUUACAUAAAAGUGAUAAACUACGUUAGAUCUACUGGUUGUACUGCAGAGUCCCUAAAUAAUGCCAGCCAGCCACUGCCAUGGGACAAUGACGAAUUCUUGAUGCCUGUUAUAAAGGACGAUCCCCUACUUCAGUACGAUGUUGAGGAUCAAGAUGGCGCUGAUGCAGAUCAGAACCCAAAUGUAGGUGAAGACCCAUCACUGUAUCAGUCUUGGAAGCACGCAGAAAGCAGGGCACAGGCUGCAGAGGCAAAUUUAUCCCUUGCUCUUGAAGAUCUUAACAAAAUGAGACAACUUGCGCAGGAUUUUUUGAUGAACGCAGAUGUGAAAACUAGCUCGUCAUCCAGUGGGGCUGUAGCAGACCUGUGUGAGGAUGAGAAUGGCGUGUACUUCAGCUCCUACGGGCACUUUGGGAUACACGAAGAGAUGCUAAAGGAUACAGUACGGACAGAAACCUACCAGGACUUUAUGUACCAAAACCUUCAUUUAUUCAAAGACAAGGUCGUACUUGAUGUAGGCUGUGGGACCGGUAUCCUUUCAAUGUUUGCAGCAAAAGCAGGUGCUAAGAAAGUGAUUGGAGUUGAUCAAUCAGAAAUUAUAUACCAAGCCAUGGACAUUAUACGGCUGAAUAAGCUUGAAGACACAAUAACACUGAUUAAAGGAAGAAUUGAAGAUGUAGACUUACCUGUGCAAAAGGUGGAUGUCAUCAUAUCUGAGUGGAUGGGCUACUUUCUCUUGUUUGAGUCAAUGCUGGAUUCUGUUAUAUAUGCCAGGGAUAAAUAUCUUGCUGAAGGAGGCAGAGUGUAUCCUGACCUGUGCCACAUUAGCCUGGUGGCCCUGUGUGAUGAGCAGAAGCACACCGACAGGAUAGCAUUUUGGGAUAAUGUAUAUGGCUUUGACAUGUCCUGCAUGAAGAAAUCUGUUAUUCCUGAAGCCACUGUGGAGGUUGUUAAUCCAGACACAAUGGUUUCUGAACCUUUCACAAUCAAGAUUAUAGAUUGUCAAAAGACAACGAUUAAGGAUUUAGACUUUUCUUCAGACUUCUCAUUGACCAUCACAAGAGAUUCUUUGUGCACGGCAUUUGCCGGAUAUUUUGACGUGUUAUUUGAAAACGAUUGUCUUAAACCAGUCUCAUUCUCUACUGGCCCCCUGUGUACAAAAACCCACUGGAAACAAACUGUGUUCCUUCUAGAGAAACCAAUAUCUGUUCAAGCUGGUGACAUCUUGAAAGGCAAUAUUACAGUACGGAAGAAUAGAAAGGAUCCACGUUCCCUCAUCAUUACCCUUUCAUUAAACAAUGUAACUCAGAUUUAUAUGAUUCAAUAAAUUACCCAGCACAUCAUUUUAAAAAAUACACAAAAUUAUGUCUAGUUGUAAAAGCUGAUUAAAAAUACUCAAACAUUUUUUUUUACUGAUGAAUAAAGGCAUAAACUACAAA